AUUUUACUCGAUUCCAACCCACCCAUGAAUCCAACACCCAACAUUCCUCAUCUUGGCACAACAGACAAUGGGAUUCAUCCGUUUUCCAUUUGCAACGGAGGGCAGUCGGAUUUCAGUUUCACCUCUAUGCCAUUCUACCCCAACUGUUUGACCAAUUUCAACUAUUCCGUGCCUGAGUCUCCGACCGGUAUUGGUGGUCCGGACCCAGUUGAUUCCACUCCGUUGAGUCACACUUCCCGAGGCCCUGAUCACCCUUUCCCCAACUCUCAACUCGAGCCGUUCUCAAAUUCUGACUUGAUGCUCUCCUCUGUCGCACUAGCUAACACGCGUCCUUCUGGUCAGUCCAACACAAGUCGACAGAGGUCUUCCUCAUCAAACCAUCACCACCUACGACGAGACUCGGGGGCACUGACCAAUAUAACAAUGCGGUCUAACGCACUGGCAUGUUCCCGUGCAUCAUACAUGUGCCGAAAGUGUAAAACACAUGGGCAUAAUAUCCCCGUAAAGCGUCACAAACGGGCCUGUCCCUAUAUGCAUUGCACAUGUCUCAAGUGCCACCUGGUUGACCAAGGUCGUAAAGUCGUGGCCAAACAAAUUGCACUCUAUCGGGAUCAAAAAGGAACAUCGUCCAGAGAGCACAAUGGUUCCCAGGCCGAAAACUCCGAUCCGUUGCGCGGGGACCGCCCAAAUUUUUCAGCCAUUGCCUGCAACGGCAGCGAUGGUGAUAGAUGGGCUCAGGCGACUCGAUCAUCCGAUCUCACUUCAUUUGAGGACCGGUCUCUGGGUCGAAGACUGGCAAACUUUGAACGGUCAUUGCACCUACCCCGACUGGCCAUGUCCACGCUGGCUAUCGCAACUUCUCAAAGCGAUGGUCAAGAACCUAACACACCAAGUUCGAACCGGACAAACAAAACAAAGCCUUCCCCGACAACUGCCGGGCCUCAUUGUCGAAGAUGUCGUAAUCAUUCGCUUGCUGUCACUUGGAAAGGACAUAAAAAGACUUGUCCUUUCCGAAACUGCCCCUGUGAUCCAUGCCGUCUGAUUAACGUCCGCAAGGACACUGAGAAAACCCUUCGGGAGAUGGUGACCCACAGUGGUGAGAAGUUGGCCAACAUACCAAAGGCGCCUGUACUGAUGGAUAAACUUUCCGAGGCACUCAGUUCCUACGCCGAUUUACCAGACGUGUGUUCCGAGGCACAGCAACACCCUUCCCGUCCUGAACUACUGCAUACCACGGGAGCACUUGCUGGCAGGUUAGGAGAUAUGGUGCAUAAAUCUGAUCGAAACACAAUCGGACAGCCCGACACUGAUUUGAAUGGUGCCAUCAGUAUGCUUCCCGUACGACAUGACAAUACGUGUUCCCCCUCGGCGAACGCGAAAGAAUUCAACAGAAUGAUGAAAACCCACUCGGCACAAGUUCCACUGGGAGCGAAUAUUUCCGAAUCCCGCCCCGUACCAUCCGUAUGGCCCAAUUGUGGACUGGAACGCUUCUCGCUGAACAACGCCAACUGGUCGUUACGGUCCUCACACGUGCAGAGCAGCACCGAUCUCAAUGGGAUUUCAUUACCAGGUCGAGAAAGCUCAAUGAACUGGUUGCUCAAUCCUCUCGCGGUGAACGCCAAACUUGAACAGAACCAUUUCCAUCAUCAUCACCAUCAUCAUGUACAUAUAAACGCACCGUUGACUUCGGUUCCCACGAAUUCGCCAACUUGCACACAGACACGUCUGCUGGAUCAUUCAACCGUUAUGCAACCGUUAUUUCCCCGAGCAGAAACACAACCAGUCGAGCAUUCGCCCGAACCACGAGCAAGUUCGUGUUCGAAACUCCCAGCUGGAAGUUAUCUUCCAACCGAAUUCGCACCUUCUGGUCCGGGAAACAUGGAUACCCGAGUAGAGGAUACCGGGCCCUACAUAUCAUUGAAUGGAACUCACGCUUGGUCCGUUGGGAAGAUGAAGUCUGAUCGAUUCGCAAGAAAUCAGUCCUCAGUUUGGCACAAUGAACGAAAACUGGUGUACCCGGGUUUGGUCAGUAACACUGAUGGAUUUGGCUAUUACAGUUACAACACAGAGUCGAAUUUGGAUCCUGGAUUCUACUGCCCAGACCGAGUUUCGGCGGUCGCUGCGGCGGCAGCGGCAGCAGCUGCGAUGGUUGCGAUGGGACCACCUCUUGGUAGCCCGGCACGAAGGCGGUGUCCACAACACUGCUACCAGUACACAUAUCCAACCGCACAGGACCCUGGUCACCCUCCGGUGGAUCAGCUAUCCCCAGACUCCUAUGGUUUCCGUGGAGGACCGUAUGUUCACUCGUCAAGAACUCAUCAAUUUCAUUCGCCCAGCGGACAGACUCGUGCUGCUCAAGUGGAAGAAACGAUGUCAUAUCCCAUGGAUCAAAAUGACUACGUGGGAUACGCGUCACAGAGUGUGGAUGAGUACAAACCAAAUCUGAGUGAAUCCAAUUCACUUGUAUCCGACAUUCCGAAAGCAUCAGCUUCUAAACAGAGAUGGACUGCAGUCACCGGUGAGGAAGUCCCUACGCCAAACUGUCCAGCUGAUCAAAGUAUGGCCAAUUCCCCAUCAACAUCAGCAUCGGGAUCUUACCUUGGAAAGGAUAAAGAUGCGACGGACAGCUCAGCGCCGAGCUUUACUCAGUUCAGUGGAACCAUCAGAACAUCUGUGCACGUUCCAUUCACCGAGGUCCCCCUCGAAACGAUGGCAGAGAACCGAAAUCAUCCUGAGGAGCGUGAAAUGUUCCCAACAGAUUUCUACGUCACCAAUUCCAACAAACAAAUUUUGAUGCCAACGGUCUCGGAUUUGUCCCCAACACAGCCUCAAAAACCAAGCUUUGGUGAUACAGACUCACUACCGGUUCAAGGCACCAGUCAAACCGAUGACACCGAGCACAUCAAAUAUCCAACCACAGACAUGAGAGGGAAACCCCUAUGGAACCAAACUAAAGCAUGGUCUUACGACGUACCAAUGGAUGACUCACAAACUGAUACGGGUUCGGAUACACACGGGCAACAUAUCUCCCCACUACAAGCAAACCGUUCACAAAAUUCCGGUAAUUCAUCAAAAAUCGAAUUUCACAACGAUGUUUCAACGGAAACAUUUAGAAAUAACCGACAGGGUUCUCGGUAA